AUGAGUGCACGCGAUUUCUCUGACAAGGCUGACGCUGAACAGGGCGGCGACCCAACAGGAGGAUUUGUAACGUAUUAUAGCCAGGGCUCUGCUGAACUCAUGGGCAUGAUCAAUGCCAGCGACAGCUCAGCAAUCUAUAUCGGUUCCGACUACAACACGGUGAUCGGAUCCACACAAGCAGCAGGGAGACCCAGCGUCCGCAUAUCCACGCGAAGAUCAUGGACCCAUGGAUUGUUCAUCGGGGAUUUCAAUCACGCGCCGGGAGGAGUUUGUGGAAGUUGGCCUGCAUUCUGGACACUGGGACCCAGCUGGCCUAACAACGGCGAAAUCGAUAUCAUGGAAGGAGCAAAUAUGGCCAACUACAAUGCGGCGACAUUACAUACGAGCCCAAAUUGUACGAUUGCUGGGGAUAGCAGGACCAUGACAGGCCAGUUGUCGAAUAACAAUUGCGCCUACUAUCCUGGCUACAAUGUCGGCUGCGGUAUCCGCGAUAAUCGACCGGCCAGCUACGGCACCGGCUUCAACGCCAUCGGUGGCGGCGUCUAUGCGAUGCAGUGGACUUCAGACUUUAUCAGUGUGUGGUUCUUUCCCAGAGGCUCGAUUCCUAGCGACAUCACUAGCAAGACUCCUAAUCCUUCGUCCUGGGGUCUGCCGGCGGCCAAGAUGCAGGGUUCUUGUGUCUUUGACCAGCAUUUCCAAGCCCACAAGAUCAUCCUGAACAAUGCCUUUUGCGGAGAGUAUGCGGGAGCAACCAGUGUGUGGAAUUCGACGACAAACUCUUGCGCCAUCAAUACUGGCUAUUCCACCUGCAACGCCUAUGUGGCGGCUCAGCCUGGAGCAUUCCAACAGUCCUACUGGAGCAUUAACUCGAUUCGGGUCUAUCAAUUGGUGGAUCCUAAUGCCAACGUCAGCAGCAAUCCCACAACAUAUAUUGCAAGCGAUCAGCCUACUCCGUCCAGCACAUCAACGAUCUCAUCCUCAACCCCAGUACCAACGACGAGUUUGUGCCCGACGUACAACUUCACCGUCGUCCAAGCCGGGAAUUACAAGUACGAAGUUGAAUGUGGAGUCAACAUCGGCGGGUCUGAUAUUGGACGACCAUAUCCCAAUUACCCCGUGAACUCGUUCGAGGACUGCGUGGCUGGAUGUAGCUACUGGAAUACCUUCAACAUCAGCAACAUCUGUGGCGGCGUGACAUACAGGGUCAGCACCAGAGCAUGCUUCUGGAAACGAAACGUCGGAAGCACUCCCGCGGACCCCAACUUCAACAGCGCCAGGCUCAUUUACUAUGCCUAUCCUCAGGUGACGGACGACCCGCGAAAGCGGACCUCGAGCAGCAGCAGUACAUCAUACGUGGCGACUUCAGUCACGCCCCAAUACUAUGUCGCUGUGGGAACCACUUCGUCAACGUCGUUCUCGCUGAUCUCGGAGACACCGACGUCGAGCUUUACGGAUGGUGUUCCCUUGGGGGGGACGACGACCGACGAUGGUUCUUCCACCACCUACGGUGAGCUCAUCCUCGUCUAUCGCGUCUUCGACUUCCCGAUCUUCAACCGUGUCAUCAACCAGUACCGCCUCUACCACCUUUACCUUGUCCAGUGUUUCGUCGACUUCCAGCCUGUCAACAGCAUCGACCACGAAUCGACCUCCUUCUUCUUCUUCACCUUCUUCUUCUUCGUCAUCGUCAGCGGCAACGUCAACAAGAAGCCCUACCGCGACCUCAACUAG